GAGGUCUUGUUUUUCUUUAAUUUUCUUAGAGAGAGCCUAAUAAGCUGUUUAAUAUAGUAAUCUUAGUAUUUAGAGAGAUGGAGAGAGAGAGAAUGUGGUGGUGGUCAUCAUCGUCGACGAAACUCCGAUCAAACCUCGAGAGAUUUCUUAGAGGAAUCACUCCAAAGCCUCCUUCUUUCUCUUUAUCACAGAGCUGCAAGAAUGAUUUGAACAGUUUGUGGAUCCAUGAGGACAAAGAUGAGAUUGAAUAUUUCAGGCUUAGUGAUCUUUGGGACUGUUUUGAUGAGCCAAGCGCGUAUGGACUCGGAUCAAAGGUCGAUUUAAACAAUGGUGAAUCCGUUAUGCAGUACUAUGCCCCGUAUCUAUCCGCCAUUCAAAUUUAUACUAACAAAUCUUCAGCUAUUUCCAGGAACCAGAGUGAUGUGGUUGAUUGUGAGAGUGAAUGUUGGAGUGAUGAUAGUGAAAUUGAGAAGUUGUCAAGGUCAUUGAGCAGUGGUUCUAGCAGAAUAUGGGAUUCUGUUUCUGAUGAUUCGGGUAAUGAGAUCGAUGGUGUUUCUUCGUUGAUGCGAGAUAAGCUCGGUUCCAUUGAUUUUCAGUAUUUUGAGUCCGCUAAACCGCACUUGCGGGUUCCUCUUACCGCUAAGGUAAAUGAGUUGGCUGAGAAGUAUCCCGGACUGGUGACUCUAAGGAGUGUUGAUUUGUCUCCAGCAAGUUGGAUGGCCAUUGCUUGGUAUCCAAUUUACCACAUUCCCUCUCGGAAGAUGGAUAAAGACUUAUCGACGUGUUUCUUGAGUUAUCAUACGCUAUCUUCGGCUUUUCAAGGUAACUUGAUAGAGGGAGGGGAUGAAAUUAACGAAACCAAGGAAGAAGAAACAUUGUGUUUUGAUGAUGAACAAGUGAACAAGAGACUUCCUUUGGCUCCUUUUGGUUUAGUUAGUUACAAAUUGCAAGGAGAUUUGUGGAGUAAUCAAGAACCAUGUGACCAAGAACGUCUAGUUUAUCUCCACAGUAGCUGAUUCGUGGCUGAAACAGCUUAAUGUUCAUGAUCACCAAGACUAUAGCUUCUUCUCGAUGAACAUGAGCUUGUAGAUCCAAAACAAGAGCUAAGACUCUGUUUUUCGCUCUGUUUUUAGCUGUUUUCUUAGGUAUAUAGCAACUCGUCAUUGUAGAGGUUUUGUUUCCUUCUGUUGAACCCAUGGAAAAUAAAGAGAUUUAGGCUUG